UUAUUUCUUGGUGGUGGAAUUUCUCCUUCCAAAAUCACCUGCCCAUAAGGUUGGAAGGUGACCGAAAUUCAGUUCAACCUUAUCACCAAGAAAUAAAAUAGAGUGCAAUAAUUGAAACUGGAAUGCAAGCCAAGCGAAAUUAUUUCUAUCUUGUCGGCGUGGCUUGUGCUCUCACUAAAGAAUAGUUUGGUUUUCUUUGGCUGCUCUGCUGGCGUCGGCAGUCUUCGUCUAGCAUUUCCAGUUUGGUGUUGAACGUGAGAGGUGGUCAGCUAAAAUAGCUCUGCAAAUUUCAUUUAUUCUAACUUUUUCUUAGUGAUUUCUUAUUAGAAUUUGGAGAACUACAAUUGUGGUGGUCUGCUCAUCUUUCUAAACAUUUCUUAGAGUUUUUAACAAGUUGAGAGAGAGGCAGCAGAAAGUCGCUCGUCGAUUACAGAUUUUUAAAGAGACUGAGCUAAAGGAGAAAUCAUGGUCCUGGAGACACGUUGUGAAAGCGAAGGAGAAGAGGUGACCAUAGACUUGGAUAGUGAUGACGACAUGGUCGAUCACGCUAUGCAGUUACGGUACACCAGGGAAAACGUGAAAGUCUUGAAACAUGACAAGGACAUUUGCCGGACGAACAAGCCUUCUGCUCGGUCUGAAGUCGUGAAGGACAAGUCCCUUGAUGAGGUUAUUGCUGAGAGGAAAAUCAUUGCCCCCGCUUCAAAAUGGAACAAGGACAAGGAUGGUAUCGAGAAACGUAAUCAAAAGUUCCAGGACGUGGAUGACCCGGCAAAUUUCGAUAACAAAGUGGACAAGCGUCGUCAAAAGUUUGGGAGCAUCGGCAACAUUGACCUAAAAUCAUCAGAGGACAUCAGCCUGGAUGACAUAAUCAAGAAAAAUCAAUCACCCAAGCAAACCAAUGCUUCCAAGCUUGGGCAAUCUUUGGACGAAAUUAUCCAAGGACCCAAACGGAAGAAUGGGAUCAGUAAUGGAAACGGAGAACGAAAUGGACAACCCGAGCGUGGCGGAGAAAAACGGAGACGAACUGCUGAGGAGAUGGCGUUUGACGAGGAUCCUGAAUAUGUUAUGUCUGGAAUCGAGGUAAUCGAGAAGCUAACAAAGCAAAGUGGAUUCAUCGUUCAGCAAGAAAUUGCAAAGCAAACUGAUCAUGCACUUGGACGAUCCCAUAAUUGGAGAGCUGUUGCAAAAUGUGGCGAAGUUAGUGUGACUGUUGAUGGGUCAUUUAAGGAGCUUUCGAAACAAGCUGCUGCAUAUGAACUAAUCAAAACUUUAAAGGAACUAGAUCCAAAGCACUUUUACCCAAAAUGCUGCAUUCCUGAGGCUCAUUUUUAUGACAACUUGGUUUUCGUGAAACUGGAUGAAGUUUGUGCAGAACUUGGAUUGACUGAUAUCCGUUUUGAAACGCGACAACGUAAACGGAACGGCACAGAUAUUUUCACAACCACCUACUUCAUUGGUGAUGAUGAAUUUACGGGCACCAGCACCAACCAGGAACACUCUCAACUAUUUGCUGCCAAAGGUGCUUAUGAGACUUAUUCACAGAAGAAAUUUCCAAGAGGGAGUUACCAUGUUCUGGAGAAUGACAAGACUGGACAACUCGAAUGUCAGGAAUCUUCCGCUGCUCAUUCCAUAACCAUUGGCAUGGACGUUCUUGCAGGUCUAUUGAUGCCAGGGGUAGAGGAUCUCGAAGCAGACCACAUUGGAGGAGAGGAUCGUUAGAUAUCAUUGUUAUGGUAGUAUUAUAGUUUACAGGUUACAUGAAAAUGAACCAUUGACUUACCGAUGAACUUUACAUAUGACAACAUAUAACUUUACAUAUGAAUUUGUAGAAUUAAUAAGACGAACACGAAUUUGGUAUUUUUCUCUUUUCUUGCAAUAAAACAUUGUUAUUCUUAUCCUUAAA